UCAAAGACAGUGACUUCGUUUCAUAGAUCUUUACUUCCAUUUUUAUUUUAAUUCAUCUAAAGAUUUGCACUGAUAAAAUCUACAUGAGAUGAAAUAUCGAAUAACGGACGAUAUAUUCGCUUCGUUGAUCAAGGAUGCAAUCUUUAAUUAUCAUUCUGUGUCUCUUGCAAGCAUCACGGAGGCUAUCGCAUCUCGCUGCCGAUCCGAUUGGAAUACCAAUCGAAAAGACAGCAAAAGCACAUGCAAACAGAAGAAGAGAAGGGCUUGAUUACACGAUUUGUCUAGAAGCGGAGAAAGAAGAUAAUCGUUGCGACGCGUUAAUGAAAAGAUCCGAUUCCGAUGACAGAGGUACUGUAACAGAUAAUACACCAGCUAGAUUACACGAGACUUGGGUGUCACAGGAAUGCGAAGUACGAACGGGCCCGAAGUACGUUAUAAGAAAAUACAAUUUCUUUAAAAAUGACACUUUCCUGUUGUUACAAUAUCAUUACGCCGAGGAAUCUUGUAGCAUCGCAACUUACACGAUCAUAGCGCGAGGUUCAAUUAAAAUUGUAUCUCCCUCUGCCACGGUUCCUGGCGCCGCAGAAACUUACGUGCAGUUGGAUUCGGUUCACUUGAUACCGCUUAACAGACAGGUCGCGCAUAAAUUUGGCCGGAGAAUGAACACGAGUUGCGGCUGGGACAAGAAGUGGCGUCCCUACGUAUCACAGCUCAUUUACGAGCGAGAUUCUUCGUUAAAUACAGAUUUGAACGCACACGACUUGAAUUCUAAUUCACUGCAGAGUCGCUUAUCGCGAGCGAAGAGACGACACACGUUGCAGUGUCUCGAAUCUUUCGACGUAGAUCUCACAGAACUUGAAUUGCUGCGAAUUGAAGUGAAACGAUUUAAUUCCCCCACGAAUUCGUCGACACCGGGCCGAGAAAGGAUCGAAUUGCUACUCGGUGGGCUAGCUCGGAGCAUUAAUUCUCAACGAAUGCAACCAAGUCGCCUGCAGUCUACACCUUUGCUACGCGCCGACACGCAAGCUAUGGAUUGUCCGAUUUGCGGGAACGUGUAUCGUGCCACGGAGUGCAGUCCGCCUCUGUUUCAUCAAGCACCGUCGCUGCCAGCGGUGAUCGACGGUCUUUGGUUGAGCGUCAGAUGCGAGAGCGUAGACGGAGGACUUUGGUCCAAGAGAUUCUUCCAGAUGUACUCAAGGGACAACAGGUGGUUCGCUCGUUGGACUUAUUAUACUGAUUCUACCUGCUCGAACGUCUUGUAUAUGACAAGCGCGACUGGAACUUACGUUCAACGAGCUCUGGAGACGGAUAUUUAUCGUCACGUUCCGGGAGAUACCGAGGAAUCGAUUAUGCUGCGGGUGAAUCGAAGGCAGCGAAUGAAACUUGAUCAAGAUCCUUUCCAGGCUCAGCAGAACGCGAAGAUACCUUCUGGUACGAGCGAGUUGGAACUUCGCGUUCUCGACGGUCUACUGGUUCCGAUUAGUAGGAUCGUGCCAUCCGGAUGCAAAGUCACGAAUAGAGCAAAAGGAAUUAUGAGGAUAAGAAGAAUCGAACGGGAUUUGAAGAACUGCAUGCCUAAAGAUAUCGAGACUCCAGCGACAAUAAAAUUCAAAGCGAAGAUCAGUCUGAAUUGGAAGGGAGAUUAUACUUUGCUGUUAGCUGCCUGGAGAGACGAUCCAUGGGAGGCGCCCCUUUAUCGAUGCUCGGAAACGGCUACUCGAACUUAUUUUCAAGAAUUAUUGUAUGGAAACUCGUUUUUUCCUAGAGAAAGAAGUAGUCGAUAUAACCAAUUCAAUCGAUUCAGGCGACAUUGGUUUUCUACUUCGCUCGCUGUGCGAUUCACAGGAUUUUCGUUUACGAUAUACUUGACUAUUUCAUGUUUCUUACAUUGGCUCAACUUCGUCUACUGAAGAAAUGCAAAGGGAAGAUGGAGAUGUGAUUGUAAGAUUACUGGCGCUUUAAUAAUAUAGAGUUAAAACGAUAUACGUAGCCAUGUAUCUGUACUAACAUUCGAAAUCAAGAUUUUGUUAUCUACCAUAAUUUAGUUAUAAACAGUUUAUUUCUAAAUCCCUUUUAAUAUGAGCGUUUCAUCUCUUGAAUAUUGCAUUAUUCUCAAACGUGACGAUCUCCCCCGUAAGUCACUUAAACUUCAAUAUUAAAGAAUUUAAACGCUACACGAAUUUAAAUUUCUCUUGCCUCUUCACGUUUUAAAUGUACCAGCUGAGAAGUAAAUAAAAACACA